AUGUCAGCCAUUGCAAAGACCGUCAAGGAGAUCAGAUUCCAUUUGUCACAGGUGAAUGAAGGCUCAAGCGCCUUGAGAUCCUUCUUGGUGAGUUCAUAUCCGGCUCUCAACAAGGCCAACCCAGAGCUUCCAAUCUUGAUCAGAGAAUCACAACAGGCCAAGCCUUUGGUCUUUGUCAGAUUUGAGAAGGGCGCUGAAGUUAAAAAAGACCUCGAGGGUUUGGACAAGGCCCAAAUUGAAAGCGAGGUUAAGAAGCUCCUGAGCGUCUAA